AUGGCGUUCUUGUCUUCGGCGGCCUAUCUGACCCACCAGCAGAAGGUGCUCCGGCUUUAUAAGCGGGCGCUGCGACACCUGGAAUCAUGGUGCAUCCACAGGGAUAAAUACCGGUACUUUGCUUGCUUGUUGAGAGCCCGGUUUGAUGAACAUAAGAAUGAAAAGGACAUGGUGAAGGCCACCCAGCUGCUGAGGGAGGCAGAGGAAGAAUUCUGGCAUGGUCAGCAUCCUCAGCCGUACAUCUUCCCUGAGUCUCCGGGGGGCACCUCCUAUGAGAGAUACGAGUGUUACAAGGUUCCCGAGUGGUGCUUAGAUGACUGGCAUCCUUCGGAGAAGGCGAUGUAUCCUGACUACUUUGCUAAGAGAGAGCAGUGGAAGAAACUGCGGAGGGAGAGCUGGGAGCGGGAGGUGAAGCAGCUGCAGGAGGAAACCCCGGUUGGUGGUCCCCGAACUGAAGCUUUGCCCCCAGCCCGAAAGCAAGGUGACUUGCCCCCUCUCUGGUGGCAUAUCGUGACCAGACCCCGGGAGCGGCCCAUGUAG